GGCGACACAGGAGAAAGUUUAAUAUGUCAGCAAAACAACACCAAGGGGGAGUGAACUUAUGGACAGCAGUCAUAUUUUGAAGAAACAAUAUUUUUACCUGGUUGUGUGCGGUUACAGUACAGCCUAAAGCUGUCUGGAGUCCUUCCAGCAGUUUAGUAGAUGUCCACCCCCUCAGACCCUGCAGGAGGUAUGUCCCAUCCUGGCCCUUCUCCUGGGGCAGGCCUGUCCCCAGGGCCCAUCUUGGGCCCCAGCCCUGGACCGGACCCCUCACCAGGCUCUGUCCAUAGUAUGAUGGGACCAAGUCCUGGACCUGGAACCCCCAAUGCACAUCACAGCAUGCAGGGCCAGGGGCAAAGUGAUUAUUCUCAGGACGCGAUGUAUCCUAUGCACAAGACGAUGGAAGGUAUGAAUGACAAAACCAUGGCAGAUGCAAUGCACUUUGGUCACAUGAAAGGUGUGGGGAUGAGAUCUCUACAUAGUGGAAUGGGGCCUCCACAGAGCCCCAUGGACCAGCACAGCCAAGGAUACAUGUCCCCCCAUCCUUCCCCUAUGAGUGUUCAUGAGCACAGUUCCAGUCCCAUGUCAGGAGGUGGAGGUGGUGGGGGACCCACACCACCCCACAUGCCCUCCUCCCAGUCAGGCCCUAUUAUGUCCAUGGAUCCGCAGGGUGGCAUGCCCAACAUGAGCCAGCAAGGCCGAGGGCAUUCUGCUUUCAGUCCAGUCCAGCUUCAGCAGCUCAGGGCUCAGAUCCUGGCCUACAAGAUCCUAGGGCGGGGCCAGCCUCUGCCUGAAAACCUUCAACUGGCUGUUCAAGGCAAGAGGAGUCUGCCCACAAUGCAACAGCAGCAACAUCAGCAUCAGCAACAGCAGCAGCAGCAGCAGCAACAGACACCUGGUGCCAGCCCUUAUAACAGGCCUCCAGGUAUGCCAAUGGCACCCAUAGGUGGUCCUCAGUCAAGUCCCUGCCCUACACCAGCCAUGCAAGGACACAGUCAGAGCACAGGACCCAAGCCAUGGCCUGAUGGUCAGGGUGGUGAAAAUCAAGCCAACAUUCAGAAGCACCUCACCUCUGUUGCCAGUGGACGCCCAUCCCCUGCUCCUCCUCAGGCCUCUGCUGUCCCACCUGCACCCAUGCCAGGCAGUUCAGUGACCCCCCAGCCUCCUGGGCAGCAGGUGUCCCCCAUGCUUCAGAUACAGCAGAAACAGAACCGCUUUACACCAAUCCAGAAGCCCCAGGGCUUGGACCCUGUGGGGAUCCUGCAGGAGAGGGAGUACAGACUGCAGGCUCGGAUUGCCCAUCGAAUCCAGGAACUGGAGAGUUUGCCAGGAUCUCUGCCUCCUGACUUGAGGACUAAAGCCACAGUGGAGCUCAAGGCACUGCGUCUGCUAAAUUUCCAGCGUCAGUUGAGACAGGAUGUGGUGGCGUGUAUGAGGAGAGACACAACCCUGGAGACAGCCCUCAACUCAAAGGCUUACAGGCGCAGCAAGCGGCAGACAUUGAGGGAAGCCCGUAUGACCGAGAAGCUGGAGAAACAGCAGAAGCUUGAGCAGGAGAAGAAGCGCAGACAGAAACAUCAGGAAUAUCUCAACAGCAUCCUUCAGCAUGCAAAAGACUUCAAAGAGUACCACCGCUCAGUGUCAGGUAAAAUACAGAAACUCACCAGAGCUAUUGCCGCCUGGCACACCAACACUGAGCGAGAACAGAAGAAGGAGACUGAGAGGAUCGAGAAGGAAAGGAUGAGGAGACUGAUGGCAGAAGAUGAGGAAGGCUACCGUAAACUGAUUGACCAAAAGAAAGACAAGCGUCUGGCCUACUUGCUGCAGCAGACAGAUGAAUAUGUGGCCAACCUUACAGCCCUGGUUUAUGAACACAAAGCUGCCCAGGCAGCCAAGGAGAAGAAGCGGAGGAAGAAGAAAAAGAAGAAGGUGGAUGGAGAUGGAGAAGGCACCAGUGCGAUUGGACCUGAUGGAGAGCCCAUGGAUGAGAGCAGCCAAAUGAGUGAGCUUCCAGUCAAAGUGAUCCAGACAGAGACUGGGAAAGUCCUGCAGGGAACGGAUGCUCCUAAAUCCAGCCAGCUUGAGGCUUGGCUUGAGAUGAACCCUGGGUAUGAGGUUGCCCCACGGUCAGACAGUGAAGAGAGUGGCUCAGAGUACGAGGAAGAGGAGGAAGAGGACGUUCCAAAGGCAGAGUCAGAGGAAAAGAAGUUAAUCGAUCCCAACGGAGACGAAGGGACUGUGAUGGCUGCCAAGCACAUCAUCGAGUCAGCCAAGCAGGAUGUGGAUGAUGAGUACAGCGUUCCUACUGGACAGACAAGCUCCCAGUCUUACUAUGGUGUAGCCCAUGCUGUCAUCGAACGGGUGGAGAAGCAGUCAUCACUGCUGGUCAAUGGCACGCUCAAACACUACCAGAUCCAGGGGUUGGAGUGGAUGGUGUCCUUGUACAACAACAACCUAAAUGGAAUCCUGGCUGAUGAAAUGGGCCUUGGCAAAACAAUCCAAACUAUCGCCCUUAUCACCUAUCUGAUGGAGUACAAGAGGGUCAACGGCCCCUUCCUCAUCAUUGUUCCUCUCUCGACUUUGUCUAACUGGGUCUAUGAACUUGACAAGUGGGCACCCUCUGUGGUGAAAAUAGCUUACAAGGGUACCCCUGCUUUGCGCCGGGGGCUGGUACCUCAACUUCGCAGUGGGAAGUUCAAUGUCUUGCUGACCACCUAUGAAUACAUCAUCAAAGACAAGCACAUACUGGCCAAGAUUCGCUGGAAAUACAUGAUCGUGGAUGAAGGCCACCGCAUGAAGAACCACCACUGUAAGCUGACCCAGGUGUUGAACACCCACUACGUAGCUCCUCGCCGCCUCCUCCUCACUGGUACUCCACUGCAGAACAAACUGCCUGAGUUGUGGGCUCUGCUCAACUUCCUGCUGCCCACCAUCUUCAAGAGCUGCAGCACCUUUGAGCAGUGGUUCAACGCUCCAUUUGCCAUGACAGGAGAGAGGGUCGACCUAAAUGAGGAGGAGACAAUCCUGAUUAUCAGACGUUUGCACAAGGUGCUUCGGCCCUUCCUCCUGCGCAGACUGAAGAAAGAGGUGGAGUCUCAGCUGCCAGAGAAGGUGGAGUAUGUCAUUAAAUGUGACAUGUCUGCCAUCCAGAAGGUUCUGUACCGCCACAUGCAGAAGGGCAUUCUUCUCACUGAUGGCUCAGAGAAAGACAAGAAGGGGAAAGGUGGAGCAAAGACCCUGAUGAACACCAUCAUGCAGCUGAAGAAAAUCUGCAACCACCCAUACAUGUUCCAGCACAUUGAAGAAUCUUUUGCUGAGCACUUGGGCUAUCCGAAUGGCAUCAUCAGUGGACAUGAUCUGUAUCGAGCCUCUGGAAAGUUUGAGCUCCUGGACCGCAUCCUGCCAAAACUUCAGGCUACAAAUCACAGAGUCCUCCUUUUCUGCCAAAUGACCUCUCUUAUGACAAUCAUGGAGGACUACUUCAGCUUCCGCAACUUCCAGUACUUGCGUCUUGAUGGAACAACUAAGUCUGAAGACAGAGCAGCUUUGCUGAAGAAAUUUAAUGAGGAAGGAUCUCAGAUUUUCAUCUUCCUGCUCAGUACCAGAGCCGGUGGGCUCGGUCUCAACCUGCAGGCAGCUGACACUGUCAUCAUCUUUGACAGUGACUGGAAUCCUCACCAGGACCUUCAGGCUCAGGAUCGGGCUCAUCGCAUUGGCCAGCAGAACGAGGUGCGUGUGCUCCGUCUCUGCACUGUCAACAGCGUGGAGGAGAAAAUCUUGGCAGCUGCCAAGUACAAACUGAACGUGGAUCAGAAGGUCAUCCAGGCAGGCAUGUUCGACCAGAAGUCCUCCAGCCAUGAGCGUCGUGCCUUCCUGCAGGCCAUUUUAGAGCAUGAGGAGCAGAAUGAGGAAGAAGAUGAAGUCCCAGAUGAUGAGACCCUGAACCAGAUGAUUGCCCGCAACGAAGAUGAAUUUGAGCUUUUCAUGCGUAUGGAUAUGGACCGCCGUCGAGAGCACGCAAGGAACCCAAAGCGAAAGCCUCGUCUCAUGGAGGAGGAUGAGUUGCCCUCUUGGAUCAUUAAAGAUGAUGCAGAGGUGGAAAGGCUCACAUAUGAAGAGGAGGAGGAGAAGAUGUUUGGGAGAGGAUCACGCUGCCGUCGGGAUGUGGACUACAGUGAUGCGUUAACUGAAAAACAGUGGCUACGGGCCAUUGAAGAUGGAAAUCUAGAGGAGAUGGAGGAGGAGAUCCGUCUGAAAAAGCGCAAACGCAAAAGGCGUCAGGACAAGGACUCAUCGAGCAGAGACGAUGGGAGCUCAAAGGCCAAGAAGAGACGAGGACGUCCACCAGCUGAGAAGCUGUCCCCUAACCCCCCAAAACUCACCAAGCAAAUGAACACAAUCAUUGACACGGUCAUCAACUACAGAGAUGGGUCAGGAAGACAACUAAGUGAAGUCUUUGUGCAGUUACCAUCCAGGAAGGAGCUCCCAGAAUAUUAUGAACUCAUCAGAAAACCUGUGGACUUCAAAAAGAUCAAGGAGCGUGUGAGGAACCACAAAUACAGGAAUGUUGGAGACCUGGAAAAGGACGUGAUGCUUCUUUGCCACAACGCGCAGACCUUCAACCUGGAGGGAUCCCAGAUAUAUGAGGACUCCAUCGUCCUUCAAUCUGUAUUCAAGAGUGCCAGGCAGAAGAUCGCCAAGGACGAAGAGAGUGAAGACGACAGCGAUGAGGAGGAUGAUGACGAGGAUGAGUCUGAGUCAGAAGCCAAGUCAGUGUGGGUUAAGAUCAAGCUGAGUAAGGAGGGACGCAGCAGUGACAAAGGGAAGAGGAGGCAGAGCCGAGGGAAAGCCAAGCCGGUGGUCAGCGAUGAUGACAGCGACGAUGACCAGGAUGACAAUGAUCAGUCAGACAAGAGCGAUGACGAGUGAGGAUGUGAGGAUAUAGUUUAUAGCACUUCUGAACAAAAGGAUAUCUUCCAUCACUGUCUCUUCAGGUUAUAUUCUGUAUUUUUCAUUUGUCCUCUGUGUGUCAGUCAGUGUUGUGUUUUGUUGCACCUUCACCUACCAGCUUGGAAAUGUAUUACUAAUAAUCAAUAAGCUACAGCAAUAUAUCAAUCAGCUUAUAUUCCCGUUUUUAAGACAAUUUUGUAGUAUAUUUUUUAACUCUGUGCUUUAAAGAUUUUAAUUGUGUAUGGAAAAACAGAAGAAAAAAAAAGAUUUGGUUUGGUCAUAAGCGCUUUUGCUCUAUUUGUACUUGCUUGCUUGCACUUAUGAAAAAUUACAUAUACAUAGCCAGAUUUUUAGAAACAAAUAUAUAAAUAUAAAUAGCCAAGGACAUCUCAGUUAAUUUUAAGAGACACUGAUGAUAAAAGAAAUGAUGGCAAUCAAUCAAGACGUUCAUUUCUGGAGCAGCUGUUUGAUCUUGUGUAGUACCAAAUGCUGGACUAUAGAAGAAUUGUUUGCUAAAGCCCGCCCUACCCAGUAACUGUUCUGUUAGUAUAGCAGCUGUUACAAAACCUGUCACAUCUCAGAUUUCCCCAUGUCAAUUUAAAAAAGAAGAAGAGCAGAAAGUGUAAGAAAUGAAAUAUAAUUGUGUGUAAUCUGCUUCAAUGUGUGGUCAUAUGGGCCGAGUUUAAAGUGCUUUACAAGUUAAAUCAACCUUUAAUAUCAACGUAAACUUCUCAGGCUGGAGAUAUGCCUGCUGUUUCACCUUAUGUUCACAUUAUGCAUCUGAAUGAGUGAAAUUGAAAAUAUACGUGCCAACAUCUAACACGCGUUACUGGAGGAAACCAUUAGAGGGCAACCCAGAGAGCUUUGACCAUAUUCAAGUACCUGAUUUGUGGUAUGUAAACUACAAACAUGGAGACACUCAAGGAGGUUACUAUAAUGUUACUUCUGAGAUUAGAAGGACCAAAAUAUUAACAUGAAUUAUCAGUAACAUCAGAUCAGCUCAGACUGAUGAUCUGGGGUCAGAAUGCAUUUCAUGCAGCCGGUUCUACAUUAAAAUCCACCACAUGUUUUUACUGCAUUUCGUGUCAAUGUUGCAUUUAUUUUUGAGAAGUUGAUGCGUUAAACCAACACAGGGGACAUGUGGCAGCUGUGAUGCGUUUGUGCAAGCAAAUGUGAAUGCCUGUCAGCAUUCGCUGAAACUCUCAGCAUUUUGUCUACUCAAAAAGAGAUCUGCAGAAGUUAGCAUACCUUCUAAAAGAUAGAUCUUAUACAGCUAAGGAACCUAAUAGCAUCUUUGGGGUUACACUAUGUUGCAGGGAUCUUGUUAAGCCUUUACAAAGCUGAUUGAGAAAGUGGAACAUUAAACUAUUUAGUUUAGAACCUGGUCAUAGAUGAUGACAGCAGCUCUGUCCUGAUCGACCGUUAAUAAUUGAGAAAUAUACAAAAUUGGAAGUCAUUUCCUGCAUUUCUAAACAUUUUUCAUUUACAUUGUUAAAGUUGAAAACUGUUGUUUGUAAAUAUGAAAAUCUGUUAGAUAAAAUAUGUUUUAAUAUAAACCCAGUAACAGUCCAGAUCUUACAUUCAGGUUUAACAUGCUGAAGACAGUAAACCUGUCUGAUAUUGUGGUGUUCAGGAUUCCUUUUGACACAUUAAGCACAAAAUGAAACAUCUCCCUGAGUGCUAACGACUGUAACAAUUGAGGAUGCUACUUUUUGGACACACAACUUUAUCUUUUGACUAUUACCUGCUGGAUUUAUGACAUAUGUAGACAUUAGAUGUAUAUAUCAGACAACUUUUGCAAAAUUUAGGGAGGGCUUAGGAUAAAUCAGCUGAAAACUGCCUUUUUUAAACAGUAUGCUAAACUGAGGUUGAUUUAUAACCUUGCUACAAGGAUUCCAAUGACCCAAGUUAAUCAGCAGUAAAUCUUUCUACAUUUUUCUUAAAAACUAGAGGGGAAAAUACAAAGUAGGCUUAAAAGACACAGCAAACAAACUAUUGGGGGGCGUGGCUUUGCAAACAGUCAAAAAUGAGACAACACAAUUUUGAUAGAAUUAACUAUUUCUAAACUCAGUAUGUUUUAUAGCCAGCACAACAAAACGUGAGUUUUGCCCAAAGACAUGGUUUUCAUGCUGAGGGCUUUUCUUUUUUUCUUCUUCUUUUUUUUUUUUUUUUAAGAGUUUUUAUUGGAAAAAAAUGUAACCUUGCAUUACGUAGGCGGCACAUCAUUUAGAUAAGUCCCUGUGUUUCAUGUGUCUUUCUUGUUCUGCUCUCCAGUUGUUGUUUAUCAGAGCAAAAGCUCUGGACUUUGUUUUAAUGAUUUUCUUCUCUCAGAAUGAAGUGUUUGGGUUAUACAGAUUGACAGGCUGACCUUCAGGAGAAUCACUCUCUUUUAGGUUUCAGAUUAAUGGGGAAACAACUUGUCUUGUUAAAACAAACCAACUUCUUCAGUAGCAGUAAAUGUAGCUUUUUAAAGCAUCUGAAAGCAUGUUGUACCGAGCAACAUGAAUGUAAAGAACAAAUGUUCUUGAAUGCUGUUGAUGUUACAGACUAGUACAGAUGGUAAACAAUAACAAAAAAACAACAGUAUUAUGGGAUUACAAUCCUUGAUUUGAAUAUAACAGUAUAUUUUAAACUUUGUAUUGAUUUAAACAUUUGGAUUGAGGUGUUUGUGUUUCUAUAUUAGCCCUCAUUUUAUUGAUUUGAAUGUUGUUCGUAGCAUGAACUCUUGGCAAUAUACUGUGUACAUGCUGAUAUAUCAUUUUUGUUUGUGUAACGUGCUUGCCGACUCUCCAUAAGUGUGACUUAAUCUUUGCUUUCUUUGCACAGUGUCUUUGUGGUUGUAUUUCAUAGCCAAGGGCAAAUAAAAUCUCACAGAUUUU